AAAGGCUUAUUUGACUGCCAGCAGGGAGGAAGUUCAUAAUCGUGAAUUAUUUGUAUUUUUUAUUUUUAUCAGUUAUCAGAUGAGUUAUUUUUCACUUAGUGGUUACGAAAAAUCCGCAAAAACAUUUCCGUGUGGUUAUUUUUGCGUAAAAAUCUUAUGCAAGGACGUGAAGGUCGUUGACGUUGAAACGUCCUUGAGUUUGACGUCGCCAUUUGACAUUGACAGGAUAGUUUUUUGAGGUUAGGUUGUAAAUUUAUUUGAAAAAAAACCCAAAAAGUAAUGAACUUGGAUGACUACAACCACGGAGAAAAUGAGAUGGAAGUUGAAGGCUCUGAGGACUACCCCUUGCAGAUAAUCUCCCCGCGCGUGGAGGAGAUCCACCCCUUAGCAUUAGUAGCAAUAAACGUAGAUAAUAACGAGCCCCCCGCCACCUACAACGACGUGGGGUUCCCCCUAGUGCCACAAGCCAACGAAAUCGAAAGACUGUCCCCCACCGAGUCAGUGGCGAGCACCCCCCAGACCUUCGACGAGGAGAGCAACCAGUCGCGAAAGCGCACCUUCGAGGACGAGGAGCGCGAGGAGGACGGCUCCGUGUGCCCCAUUUGCCUGGACGAGUGGACGAACACGGGCCCCCAUCGGAUAUGCGCCCUCAAGUGCGGGCACCUGUUCGGUGAGCAGUGCAUCACCCGGUGGCUGAACCAGAACUCGCGCAAAACGUGCCCGACCUGCAAGGAGAAGGCGCGCCGCCACGACAUUCGCUACAUUUACGCCAAAAAACUAACAGCAAUUGAUACAACUGAACUGGACAAUAUCAAAAAACAGCUGGACUCGGUGACCGAACAGCGCAACAAGUUCCAGACUGAGUUGGCCACGUGCGCCUACCGCGAGCAGUUGCUGAGGCAGGAGAUCGCCCAGCUCAAGACGCAACUGAGGCAGAACAAUGUUCCUACUUUCAACCAGCCCAUGGUGGAGCGCGUCAAGCUGUACAUGGACAAGGCGAUGGAGAUUUGCAAAUUCGGCGGAAGCCGGGUUUUUGACGCGCGCUGCGAGCUGGACCUGCUCAUGGCUUCGAUGAAGUCGCCCACGAAUUUGUUCGCCGGGUUCGGCUUGAAAAAAAUAAACAUUUCGGGGUACAGAACAAUCGCGUUCAUUCCAGUCCAUACGUUGCAAAUUAGAGACAUUUGUUUCCACAAGGAACAGAACUGGGUGCUUACAGCGUCCAUGGACAAGACCUUUAAGGUCAUAAACAACCACGAGAAUUCGGUUGUCCACCAAUUCACCCAUCAAAUGCCCCUCUGGUCAUGCUGUUGGGACGAAAACAACCCAUACGAGCUAUACGUAGGGACGCAAGCUGGGUCGGUUAUAAAAUACGACAUUCGGCAAUUAACCGAGGCCGUUUGUACCUUUUCCAUAGAAGGGGACAUGUCUCCGGUGGUUUCAGUCGCGUCGAUCCCGGCAGCCCCGGGCGAAGCCCUGGCGCAAGGGGGCGUCGUGUCCUGCAAGUUGAACUCGCUCUGGCUGUACGAGAACGCGAAUGGGGAGUACAAGAGACACCCGAUUUCCUUAGAGGGACCAUUCGUUUCAAUGAAAUACCAAACAAACACAAAGCAAUUGUUAGUGUCUUCUAGGCCCAAUAGUCGAAUUACGUACGCGAGGCAUACUUUAAGUACCUUGGCGAGGAAUGAGGGGAAAAUUGACUGCAAUAUUCUGCACACGUUUCAAGGGGGCGGCAUGCAGAAGUUGCUAUCAAAGUCGUGUUUUUUGUCGCAUACGAGUGAUUACGUUGCUGCCCACCAGGAAAAUUGCAAGAGUGUGUUCUUGUGGAGCAUCAAUACGGGGCAAAAGGUUUGCUCCGUGACGGCGCACGAAAGUGUUUUCGAUCUGAAAGGGUUCCAGAAUCAAAAUGGUAGUUUUCUGGUUUCGUUGACUGAUAAAAAACUCGAGUUUUUCAAAUUUGCUUAGGCGGUUUUUAAAGUUUAAGUAUUAAGUAUUAGGUACACUCUUCAAUUUUGUUACGGAUCACAUUUUGACCAUACGAUUUUCAAUAAAUUAUUUAUUUUUUUUACA